AUGAAUCUCCACAGAGAAGGGGACCAAGAUCGGCUCAGCAUCCAGAGCCUUCCCAUGGUUGCUGAUGUGUCUGCAGCCACGUCUGUUGCUUACACUGGUGGGGAAGGAGUCGAGCAGCAUGGUUCCCACACAUGCUGUGUGCUGAGGAAUACACAGUCUUUUCUGAUCCCAGCACCCACAGGGCCUGACUGCUUGGCAGCUCCAGGGGCACCGGUAACUCUCAGGGGCAGCAGUGUGGUUUCAGGAGGGCAGACCAUCAGCAGACCUGUUACAGAGACCACUGAAGGCUCGAAAGUGGAAGCCUUCAUGUCAGCCCUUCAGAGGGAAGGCAAUGACCCUGAUCUCGGUGUUUGUCGCUCCCAUCGCGACAAGUGGCGCCCGAACAGGGACCUGAGACAACAAGAAGGAAAGCGAAAGCGGACCGCGCGGCAUCUAAAUCAGGGGAACUGUGCCAGCAGCACAGAAGACGGGAGUAAAACUAUGGGACAGAAACAGUCUAUGGAACAGGGAUAUUUUAUAACUGCCUUGCAGGCUCUUAUGAAGGAGAAGGGAAUUAAGGUUUCUCAGUCAGCCCUUAGGGAAUUUUUUGACAUAGUGCAUGAUUAUUGCUCAUGGUUUCCAGACGGGGGUACAGUUGAUUUAAAGGAUUGGCAGCGAGUUGGUCAGGAACUUAAGAAUCAAAUAAAGAUUUAUGGAGCUGCAGUUCCAGGGACUUUGUGGUCUACUUGGACCCGUAUUAAAAAGUCUUUGAUCCUGGAGGUCCUUGAUCUGCAGGAUUCUAUUGAAAUAGUUUCUCUUAGCUCGGAAGUAGCCCAACCCUUAGUGACUUCAGAUGCUCCUCUCCCUCCAGAAACUACUUUCAAUGCCCUUUUGGGACAGUCACAGGUGCCUUCACCUUUACCUCCUCUCCCCCUCCUAGAACAGUUAUCUAUGCAAGAUCCAGAAAAUAAUGAUGACUCUCGUUUUGGGGAUCAGGGAGAUGAUGGGCCAUAUUUGGAAGAUCAGAGGAAGCCUGCCUUCUUGACCCCUCUGGUCCAGAAGUUACCUUUAAAACGACCUUCUUUUCAGGCACAAGAUAGAGGCUUACCUCGGCUGGCUUUCCCUAUUACUCAGAAUCAACAGUCCACUGAACCUUACCCUGUUAUGGGAGCUAUUCCUUUGCAGUGGACUCUGUAUCAAGCAACACAGUAUGGGGAAGACACCUCUGCUUUUCACGCUUACCCUGUUAUUCAACAGGGGGGACAGAGAGUGUACUCCACCCUAAGUUUUAAAUUUCUGAAAGAUUUGAAAUCCUCUACAGCCCAGUAUGGUCCAACAGCUCCCUUUACCCUGUCUACGCUUGAUAAUUUGAGCAGGGAGGCAUUAUGCCCAGGAGAUUGGAAGGUCAUUGCUCAGGCUUGUUUGAGUGUGGGAGAUAACCUCUUGUGGAAAGCAGAAUUUGCAGAGAAUGCUGAAAAACAGGCUAUGUAUAAUAAAAGAACUAACAUACCAGUGGAUUUCAACAUGCUCACAGGUACAGGACAAUAUUAUGAUGUGGGCCUCCAACUGAAUUAUCCUGAAUUUGAGUAUAAUCAAAUUAAUAUCUGUGCCAUUGCAGCUUGGAAAAAACUCCCCUCUACAGGGGGCAGAACUGAGGAAUUGUCUAAAAUUAGGCAAGGACCAGAUGAGAAGUACCAGGAUUUUGUUGGGCACCUUUUGACUGCAGUCAGUCGUAUCAUUACUGAUGGUGAGGCAGGUACCAUUAUUGUAAAACAACUGGCUUAUGAAAAUGCUAAUUCUGCUUGUCAGGCAGCCAUUCGUCCUUGGAAAAAUCAGGGUACUUUGGAGGAUUAUGUCAGACUAUGUGCUGAGAUUGGACCAUCUUAUAUUCAGGGCAUUACCUUGGCAGCCGCCUUAAGGGGAAUGGACCCCUUACAGGUGCAUGCCCAGCUUCAGGGUAAAAACGUAAGAACUAAUCCAAGGAAGUUGGGUGGAAUAGUGUGUUUCAAAUGUGGCCAAAAGGGCCAUAUGAUGGCCCAAUGUCAUAGUACAGAAAUAAUUCCAACCACCCCCGGUUUGCCAAGUGGCCCUAACAUUAAUAAUAAGCCAGCAAUUAUUUGUCCCAGAUGUAGACGGGGGUAUCACUGGGUCAAUGAAUGCCGCUCUAAAACUGAUUGUAAUGGCAAACCUCUUCAGGGAAACUGGAAGCAGGGCCAGAUGCAGGCCCUUCAAACAAUUGCGGCAAUGUUCCCACAGGCACCUUCCCACCCAUUGUGUCCAACACUGGAGACCUCCCAGGUAUUAGCCAACUACACCGUGGUACCCCUGCCAGUGCAGGACUAG